AUGGAGCCUAGACUCAUCAUCAUCAUCAUCAUCAUCAUCAUCAUCAUCAAAGUCACUGAGCAGGAGACCAUCUUCUCAACUUCAACCUCGCCGUUCUAUGCGUCUUUGAAUGCGAGUCUGCAACACUCUCUUUGGGCACAGCUGGCCUUGUCCCCCGCCCAGCCGCCGGGUCCUAGGCAAACCCUCGCUCGGAUCCUCGACUCACAGUCAGCUUUGCAACAGGCGGCGCCCUACUCCGCCUGUAUUAUAGCAUAUGCGAGCAGCUUCUCGUACAAUUUCGGAAUUUUAUGUUAUAUCUCUGCGAACAGCCUUCGCAUUUUAAAUUUCAACUGUCGUCGGGCCACUGAGAAGGUCUUUGACAGCAGCAUUCUUACCGAUCAGAUCGGCAUGACGACGUGGGGGGAGGGAGAUGGCACCGUAGAUGUACGGACGAUCCGGUCCCUUCAGGUCCAGAGCUACGCCGAGGGCGUGGUGGUUCUGCUGUGUGAUCUGGGGCCCUUCGGCCAAUACAUUUUCGCCGUAAACAUCGCUGACAAAAGAUCCUCCAUACCCUGGUCCGGGAGCGGCCACCCCACCCGCGUCCGCCUGUGUGUGCCGGUCCGCUCCACUAACAAGCUGUUCGUCAGAAAUAGUGACCGAUUUUUGGUCGUGGGCUCGCACUCGGCGACCAACAGCCACAAUCACCACGAGUGGCUGCUGUGUGUCUACAGCCUCGUCACGGGGGAGUCGGUGACGGCACACCCGCUGCAGCUGCGCAAUUUCUACGGCUCGGAGAUCGGCUCCACGGCGUGCUUUACGAUUCACCACAACGAAUUCUACGCCAUCACGAGCCAGACCAGUUACGAGAGCGAGGAAGUUGAUUGGACGAGCUACUACCAGGUUAUCCAGUUCCGGCUGGAUGAUCCAAACCCGGAACUGACUAUCAAGCUCAUCUGGCGGCGACAGCACCUCGAGGGGCCCAUCAACGACGCCUGGAACGACCUGGGCUUCCAGAUCGACCACUCGACGGGCGAGCUGCUGGUGGUCGAGGGUCGAAAGGAGUGGCUUAACGGCGGCAGCCGGUCGAUCCGGACGUACUACACGCAACCCAUCCUGCGCGCCGACUUUAAGAACUUGAAGGACGGGCUGCGGCAUCCGCCCGACGACAGCCUCAGCCGCACGCUGGACGAGCACAGUAACAGUCGCUGGGAGGAGCCUCGAGUGCGGGUCGACCGAUACGUUCACGCCGAGUUCCGGGCCGACGGCGGGGGCGGGCAGCAGCAGCAGGCGGCAAACAAAGAAUACAUCCGCGCUCGGACCAAAUGGAACGGGUACUCGUUCAACGCGCAGGCCUUCAUCGACCUCGUGACGGACGAGGCGGUCGUGGAAGGUGAAUGGCGGCCGCGGCAGCGUAUUAAGUUACGUGUGGCUAGUAGACAGGAACUCAGUCCGCUAGUGGGAGACGACACGACGACGACGACGACGAUGACAACCGGGGGUGGUUCCAUAGCUUUAGUGCUUCGUAAGCGCAGACUGGACCGCGAGGACCAGGAGAUGGAGGACGGCGAGCGCGCCUUCACCCCGAGUAGCGUGUCUCUCUGGCCACCAGACGACGCGCCCCAGGGCCUACACGAGAUCCUCUGUCCCGAGGGCCGGGCAGGAGACGUCACAGCCGUAUUGGGGGACGAGGGUAUCGUGUAUAUGGCGGGGCCGCCUCGCGAGCCGGGAUCGACGGAACGAGCUCUGGUCUUUGUCUGCUUUGAUCCGACGUUUGGGUUCCAGGGGAUGCAACGCCUCGAUGGGUAUCCUGCCAAGCCGCGAUCGGCAGAGAAGAAGAGGAAGAUGGAGUGCGACGAGCUUGUUGAUGAGGCACAGCAGUCGGCCCAUUCGGGGAGUGCGAGCCAGGGCCAGGGUAUUGAUGUCGACCUGGCGGAUCCCACGAAGCGGCUGAGGCUCGAGGCGUGGGCCAAGCCAGAGUGGGAAGACUCGAUCUCUUCUGCGGCGAACCGGGGCGACGAGCAGCAGGAAAUCAGUGUCCUCCCACCGGGCAACAAGCAGGCACAAGCCCUGGGUCUCGAUGUCAAGCCCGUGCCUCUCGCUGAGAUGACCAAGGAUAGGCCACCGUCGCUGCCCUCGCACCCCGCGUUGCCAUCGACGGCGGCCCAGCAGGCACAAAGGAGGAGGCCCUUGGUGGCGGCGAGCACGAGCACGAGCACGAGUCCCAGACAGCCGGCACCAUCAGCACCAGCCUCGCAUCCCACGCCCGCUUCGAAAUCCAUCCCAAGCCCAGAUUCCACCACGCAAACAGGUCGCAAAGGCAAGGUGUCCGCCUCUCCCAGAGCUACCCUCCAGACGUGGCGCGAGAAUGCAAUGUACAUGUCGAUCGGGAAGGGUUACUGGCUACGCUAG